GGAGAGGAAGGCAGUGGAGCGCGAGGAGGAGCGAGUUGGAGGCGGAGACCAGGAAGUGAGUACGAGGCUGGGCUCGGGGCACGGGCUGUCCUCUGCAUCCCAGCCGGAGCCGUCGGAGCUGGCGCGGGCGGCGCGGGACCAGGGAGAGCCGGCCCCACGCCGGGCAGCAGCGGCCCCAGCUCCUGCUCCCCAGCGCUCCCAGGAGGCAGGCGUGGCCGGCCUUGGCCCCUGUCGCAUGGAUGGGGGCGGUCGUCAGCUACGAAGAAGGAUGCGGCCGCAUCGCCACAUGACCCCUCCCGCAUAAAACCAAAGCCGCUGCCAGGCGAAGGCUCCGGCGCCUCGGUCUCCAUGCACGACCCGGAGAGAGGAGAGCCGCUGCAGUCCCUGGGGGUAGCUGGCUCUGCAGGGGGCGAGCUGUGGACCGGAGUCUCGGCCACCCACGUUGCCUCUGGGCCAGUCACGCUCACGCCCGGCACCUCCUAGGAGACCGCUGUAUUUACUCGUAGAAAGGCAGCACCGAGCCGGUCGCUGUGGCCUGCGCACGCCGGGACACCUCCUCUCAGCUCUGCUGGGUGGCCUGGAGCCCUGUGGUCGGCGUAGCUGACACACUGGGCUGCGGGGAGAGGAGCGGCCAGGGGCUGCGGGCAGAGGAAGGAGCUUCCGGUGUCCCGGGAUGGAGGCCAACAAUGCGACCUCUCCCCCUUGUCUCGACUCCACUGCGUUCAAGAUCGCGGUCAGCGCAGCCCUCGCUGUCCUCAUUGUCAUCACUGUUGCCGGCAACGUGGUCGUCUGCCUGGCCGUGGGCCUGAACCGCCGGCUCCGCAGCCUGACCAACUGCUUCAUCGUGUCCUUGGCCAUCACCGACCUGCUCCUCGGCCUCCUGGUGCUGCCCUUCUCGGCCGUUUACCAGCUGUCCUGCAGGUGGGACUUCGGCAAGGCCCUCUGCAAUAUCUACACCAGCCUGGACGUGAUGCUGUGCACGGCCUCCAUCCUCAACCUCUUCAUGAUCAGCCUUGACCGGUACUACGCCAUCACGGACCCCCUGCGCUACCCCGUGCUGGUCACCCCGGCCCGGGUCGGCGUCUCCCUGGUGUUGAUCUGGGCCGUCUCCAUCACCUUGUCCUUCCUGCCCAUCCACCUGGAGUGGAACAGCAGGAACAAGACCAGCGGGGUCAACUCCACCAUCGUGUCCUGCAAAGUCCAGGUCAACUUGGUGUACGGCCUGGUGGACGGGCUGGUCACCUUCUACGUGCCCCUGGGGGUCAUGUGCAUCACCUACUGCCGCAUCUUCAAGAUCGCGCGGGAUCAGGCCAAGCGGAUCCACCACAUCGGCUCCUGGAAGGCGGCCACCGUCAGGGAGCACAAAGCCACGGUGACACUGGCCGCCGUGAUGGGGGCCUUCAUCGUCUGCUGGUUCCCCUACUUCACGGUGUUCGUCUACCGCGGCCUGACCGGGGACGAUGCCAUCAACAAGGUGUUCGAAGCCGUGGUUCUGUGGCUGGGCUACGCCAACUCGGCCCUGAACCCCAUCCUGUACGCCGCUCUGAACAGGGACUUCUGCACGGCGUACCAGCAGCUCCUGCGCUGCCGGUCGGCCGGCCGCUACGCCCACGACCCUUCUCUGACGGCCGACGGCUCCCGGCUCUCCAGGACGCAGAGCCGGGAACCCAGGCAGCAGGAGGAGAAGCCGCUGAAGCUCCAGGAGUGGAGUGGGAGAGAGGCCGCGGCACCUCGUGGAGCCACAGACAGGAAGCCCAAGCUGCCCUGCACCGUGUGCUCCAGCAACCUUCUGAGCUGCUGCAAGAGCCUGUGGGGCCUCCGGUUCCUCAGGCACGAGGGAGGCCCCUCGGAGGAGCAGCCGCUGCGGACACCACCCGAGGAAGCGGUGAGGAGGACGCCGCCCUCCCGGCCUGUCUAGACCCGGCCCCAGGACACUGAUGAUACGGCUCCCCGGUCACCAAGAUGUAACUCCUGGAGCCACGAAGGGGCCAGCAGCCUGCAAAGCCACCUGGGAUGCACCCCAGCCUGGGUCCGGGGACUCCCGGAGCGCACGGUGGGGGCUGCUGGGCCCCUCGGGCCUGGGCGGAGCAGCCUGUCUGCACUCAGCCUCCUCAGAGAGGUGUUUGGGGCUCCUCCAGGUCCCGCGCUCAUGCUGGUGCUGGCCCUGAGCUCUGAGCAGAGACGGGGGACAUGCAGGGCGUGUGCACACGUGUGUGCACGUGUGUGCGUGGAGGUGCCUGUGCCCUCUGAGCACAGCAGAGGGCGUUGCCCAAAGUGCUGGCCUCUCGCUCCCCGUGGGCUCUGCAGGAUGGAGGGAAGGAGAGGAGGAGACCAGUCUUCGAGGCUCCCGCUGUGAGUGACGCACCUCACCUGCACGGGCUCCCGUAACCCUCACCGCCUGCGACCAGGGUCGCCGCCCCCCUACCUUGCAGAGGUGGAAACUGAGGCUCAGAGCAGCAGGGGCCCGCCCAAGGCCGCUCAGCUGGGACAUGCACCUGGCGCACAGGGGGCCCUGGAGCAACGGCCGUCGAAGGGACGCGUGAACGAACAGACAGACAGGACGAUGGGCGCAAAGCCCGGCCUCAAGCCCCUGUGCUUGACGCGACACCACACCGCCUCUCGGGAGGGAGGUCGGAGUGUUUCCUCGACGGAGCCCACCCUGCGGGGCUCAGAGCAGAGCCUGGGGGCCCUCACACCACAGCACGAGGGGGCUCUCGGGGGAAGGCGUGCGGGGUGUCAGAGGGGGAGGGGCGGAGGUGGGGGGCGCAACAGAGGUGAGCGGGGCAGCUGACCCUGCAGCACCCUCCGCUGGGAUGCAUGACCUUGAGCGGGGCGGGACCCUCUGGGCAUCUCUGCUCCCCUGUCCUAUUCACUGGGUGUUGAAGGCACCCAAGGAGGUGGGCGGUGACAGCCCCAGAGAGGUGAGGGUGUCCCCGGACUCUCCUCACUGACCACUGCCCCUCCCAGAGCCACUCUUCCCCUCGUUCCAAGAACGCCCCCAGGUGUCCCCUCCUUGCCCACUUGUCCUCUCCUGGCCAUUAGGGUGGCUGCUCCCCGAGCCUCCCCACGGCAAUUUCUCUCCCUCUGUGGCCUCAUUUACACCCUUGAACCUGAACUGACCCAGAGACUUAUUUCCUAGCAGACUGCUCACAGACCUGUCCCGGGAGCCCGGAGCCCUCUGGGAGCUGCCCCCACAUCACCUUCACCUGGGCGUCUCCACUGCCCUUGACCCUCUCCUCACACCUGCUCCUCCCCCGGGGUUCCCUGGCUCAGACUUCAAAGACUGCGGGUCAGUCCCGGCAUCCCCUCCCCCCGGCCUGUCACCGCCCGGUCCCACUGCUGCCCCCGCUCUCAGGGCCGUCGGAACAGCCUCCCGGCAGCCCUGGGAGCUCCUCGCUCUCCUUCCUCCCGCCCCAGCCCCGCCCACAGCCGGCGCCAAGGCAGGCCCGGCUGCGGCUCACGCGGAGGAAACCGUCUCUCGCACGGCCGCCGCUCGGUCCACCUGCCGGGCCAGGCGCUGUUCGCACAACUUGAAACACUCUUCCUGCCCUUUCAGCCGCAACAUCUCCGCCGAAAAAGCACUUCUGGGGAAGCCUUCCCCAGCCCUCCCCAGUAGGCCCUGAACUGUCUUCAGGAGUGGUCGGCGUGGUCGUAACGCACAGUGUCGGUGACUUCCUGGCCCGUCCACUCAGGAGGUCAUGGGCCCUGCCUGGGUCUGCUGACCCCUUUACGUCCAGCCCUAGAAGACCAUGUGGCACACAGUAGGAGUUUUAUGCAGCUUGCCUGCCAAUGCACCUGAAGGCAUGACUUUCCCUGAGGGUGGCAGCUCUUCAGUCUCUUGGCUGCCUCUCCCCCUUGGAAGUCCUGCCAAGAGUCCAAAGCGGGUGGGUCUCUAAGUCUCGGCCAAGCGGUGGGAGGCGUAAGGCUGGUCUGGCUGCUCCUAGACCCGGCUGGUGGGGGCUGCGGUCCAGGUGCCCGCGGUGCACCGCUCAUCACGCCAGGGGCCUCCUUCGGGCCUGUCUCCGUGCUGCCCUGCCCUUCCGGAGGCCCCCUGGUGCCGCCUGUGCUGGCCGCGGAAGCCGGGCACGGGCCGCCUGGAGGAGGACCCUCGGUGGCGGCCCCCAAAUCCACGGCUCCUGUUACCCCGAUACGCCAAUAAAGAUGCAA